GUACAAAAGUAAGCUAAGCUGCAUUGCUCAGACCGGUGGGCACUAGCUAGUCCUCCUGCUAGUACUAAGCAGAAGAAAGAGAUCGAUCGAGCACGCACGCCAUCGAUCUUGCAUCAUCCACACAAAAAAUACACUAGCUAGUCUCUCCCGUAUAUAUAUAGCUAACACUCAGGCUGAGACCAGAGGGUGUGCAAAGUGGAGGGGUAAUCUAAUCUGAUCCGUCCGAAUAAGCAGAGCUAGCUAGCAAGCCUGACGUACAGCUAGGUGCGAGAGAGAGGUCGAGAGGGGGGCGGCCGGGGGGAAGAAGAAGGAGAAGAAGAAGAUGCUGGCGUGCAUCGCGUGCGUGAAGCAGGAAGAAGGCGGCGGCGGCGGCCAUGGCGCCCGGGCCGACAACGGCGAUACUCCGACGACCUGCAGGGACCCCGUCAAGUCGCUCACUUCCCAGCUAAAGGACAUGGUGCUGAAGCUGUCAGGCACGCACCGGCAGCCGGGCGGCGGCCCGAGGCGGCGGGGCGGGUCGCCGCCGCCGACUCGUACGACGUCGCUGUACCGCAGCGGCUACUACCGCCCGGGCGUGGUGCAGGACGACAUGGCGGUGCCGCCAGCCACCUACCUCGGCCACGGCCACGGCGGCGGCGCGUCGAGCACGGCGAGCUCGACGCCGGCGUGGGAGCGGCCGCCAGGCAACGGAGACGCGGCGGCGAGGGGGGAGUGGGUGGCGCAGGUGGAGCCCGGCGUGCAGAUCACCUUCGUCUCCCUCUCCGGCACCGGCGGCGGCGCGGGCGGCGGGAACGAUCUGAAGCGGAUCCGGUUCAGCCGGGAGAUGUACGACAAGUGGCAGGCGCAGCGGUGGUGGGCGGAGAACAACGAGCGGAUCAUGGAGCUCUACAACGUCCGCCGCUUCUCCCCCCGCCACGACCACGUCCUCCCCCCCAGCUCCGACGCCGGCGACCCCGAGCAGAGGGAGUCGUUCUACUCGCAGAUGGGCUCGACGAGGGCAUCGAGCCCGGCGGCCACGCCGUCGCCGGCUCCAGAGACGAGCGCCACCUGGGCCGCCGCCUUCGCCCGCGCCGCCCCGCCGCCGCCGCCCUCCGCCGCGAGGCAGCACAGCUUCCGCGGCCCGCUGUCGCCGCCGCCGCCGUCGUCGUCCAACCCGUCGGAGCGCGCCUGGCAGCAGCAGAAGCAGAGCCAGCAGAACGACGGCGGCGUGGAGCCGGCGAGGACGACCACCUCGUCGUGCAGGGACGACGACGCGUCCGUCAGCAACGCCAGCGAGCUCGAGGUCACCGAGUGGGUCAUCCAGGACCAGCCCGGCGUCUACAUCACCGUCCGCGAGCUCCCCGACGGCGCCCGCGAGCUCCGCCGCGUCCGAUUCAGCCGUGAGAAGUUUGCGGAGCUGAAUGCGAAGCUGUGGUGGGAGGAGAACAAGGAGAGGAUACACGCACAGUACCUCUAGCUUCUUCCAAGCUACUGAAGGAAUUAAUGUCUGAAUUAUCUUUGAGUAUCUAUCUACACUUCACUCACUUGAAGCUAGCUGGAGCUGGUGCUUGUGCAAGGGGGAAAGGAUUAGUAUCGGAUAGAUACUUAAUUUACAAGUAUAUAUAGAGUUAAUUUGUGUUUGGGGUUGGAGCUGGGAAAGAAAGAUAGGAGGGUGAGAGGGGGGGUGAUCAGGAAAUUAGAAAUGUUUGGGGUUUAAUUAGGGCACUGCUUGCACUGCCCAGAUGAUCUGUGUCUGCAUGCAGGUGUGUAUCAUGUUCAUGUUGGGUACUUCAGAGCUACAACAUAGUAUGUCACAUCCUUGACUGAGUAUGUUUAGUUUAAUCAUCACUUUCCAAGCAUGCAAAAACAUGUUAUUAUUAUUUCAGAGGAGGAAAGUGAGUAGUAUUUUGUUUGUC